UAAACUAUUUUUGAUAGUACAGGGUUAUAUUUAUAGCCCUUUUCCGUUUUCGUAAUUGAUUUGACUACGCUGACGGAUCAAUAAAUGGCUCUGGUGAGAACUCUUCCUUCCUUCGAAUCACAUUUUCAUUAUUCAAAGCUGAAUUUGGGUGCAUUUUGAGGAAGGUGAAUGCUCAAAGUCAUCAUUCUUUUUACUGGACAACUAUAUCUUGAGCUGAUGGAAAUUGUGUCCCUUUACCACUACGUAUAAGUUGGUUCAAGCUGAUUGAGUUGUUUUUGGGAUAUCUUUUAGCUUGAAUGUUCUGAGUGCCCUCCACUUUUGUCGACUGAGUAUCUUUAACUGUACAGGAAUUUCAUCUGCUAGAUGUAAUUCUGCAAAAGCAAAACAAAAGAAAUAAUGGAUGAUCGGACUGUUCUUGACAAGGGUGGAAAAAGGCAGUUGCCUGGGUGGAUGUUUGCUACGUCUGCUGCUGAUCAAUUAAAGGAAAAAGUCCAGACUGAUCAUGUAGACAAUAAUGAUAAUACAGAGGAGAAGAUUGUUACCAAGAGGCGGAAAAACAGAAAGAUUACAGAUAAAAAGGAAGCAUUCACUGAGGAGUCAACUACUCAGAUUCCAAUAUGUCAAACAACAAAAAGAAGCAGAAGAAAGUUAAACCUACCAAAUGAUGAUUGUAAUGAUGAAUGCGGUUUAACGGGGAGUGAAUGUGACAGGAUGAAGGUAAAUUGUGAUGGACCGUUGCCUAUGUUGAGGAGACAGAAACAGAAAACGAAGAAUUCCAAGAUUGAGGAAGGUGCUGAGAUGGAAGAGACAAUAACAGAAGCAAGUGAUAAAAGUGGCUUAAGGAAGAGAAAACACAGCAGGGUGAAGGAAAAUUCUAAUGAAGCUGGCCCUAGUUCAAGGAGGCAGAAACAGAAAGCAAAGAAUUCUAGGAAUGGGAAUUGCGCUGAUGUUGAAGAGUCAACACCAAAAACAGAUGAUGAGGAUUUGACUGUUGAAGAUCUAAUGAGCAUAGCAGAAGAGUAUGCUGGUGAUGAUGAUGAAGAUUUGACCGUAGAAGAUUUAAUGAGCAUAGCUAAAGAGUAUGUGAAUGAGAGCGAGCAAGCUGCAUCAAGCAAAGAAAAAAGUGGUCCAAUGGAGGAUGCUAUUUCCAUGUCAUUAGGCUCGUUAAGUGACAUUGAAGUUGACAAUCAAUCGUUGAGAAGAGAAACAAAUUUUGAUAGUAUUUCAAUUCAAGAGAGAACAAUUGGUGAUGCUCCUCCUAAGGUUAAGAUGUCCGAGAAUCCUACCCAAGACAUGUUAGAUUUGUUUUUGGGCCCCCUAUUAAAGAAAACUCACGAGGAGAAGAGAGUUGAACAAGUUAGAGAAGAAAUGAAUUUUGCUUGUGAUCUAAACAAGAAUAAACAAAGUGAUCCUUCUGGGGAUCGGCCAGUUGUUGUAAAGAAGAAGAGCAGUCUCAAGGACAAGGUAGCUCUGCUUCUUGACUAAUAGUUGUAAUCCUAGUUAGGUAGACGAUUUGGAAGAAUAAAUUUAGUUGAUAGCUGAAUUCAAUUUAUUCACCAAGCAUUUACUUGUCUGCUUAUAAAUCCCAUCUGAGAUUUUCUUUAUUGUAGAUUCUUCAUAGUAGUUUUUUCGUUAUCUCAUCAUUGUACAGUAAUUAUAAGAACUUGAUAUCCAGUUAUACAAAGGGAUAAUUUUUCCACGGAA